AGACCACACCCUUGCCAGCUUAUGAUGGGGCCUGGGGCACUCCUCUCAGAUUGGCCAAGCGCUACAGUCAAGACUGGGCAUUCCUGUUGUACUGGCACUGGGAGGUUUCAAAAGGCCCUGUGACAGGGGACACAGCUCUCCCAUUUGUUGCUGCCCUGGGCCCACUGCCUGCCUUCCAGGCCUCAGCAGGCCCUCCUUCUUGUCUCCUGUUCAGCCUGUGAUGACAAGUUGUCCUGUGGGCAUCUCUAGGCCCAGGAAGGGAGAGCAGCGCUGCGUGGGCGCUGCACAUCGUUCCUGGCUUCUGAGGACAGCCUCAUGGCUCCGGCUCAUUAGCCUGCAGCAGCGUGUCCCUGUCUCCCCACUUUGCAGGCAAAGGUACCUGGAACCUGCCUGCUCACCAUUCGUGUCCUGCAGGCCCGUGGGUUGCCCUCCAUGGACCUAGUGACCCCCUCUGACUGCUAUGUAACACUGUGGCUGCCCACGGCCUCUAGCCACAGGUUGCAGACACGCACAGUCAAGAACAGCAGCAACCCCAUCUGGAACCAGAGCUUUCACUUCCGCAUCCACAGUCAGCUCAAGAACAUUGUGCAGCUGCAAGUCUUUGACCAGGACUUCCUGACCAGUGAUGACCCCAUGUUGUCAGUGCUGUUCGAUGUGGGGACAUUGCAGGCCGGGGAGUUCCGCCGUGAGAGCUUCUCACUGAACCCUCAGGGUGAGGAGCAGCUGGAAGUUGAAUUUCGUCUGCAGAGCUUGACGGACUGUGCUGAGCACCUUGUCAGCAAUGGCAUCCUGGUGGCUCGGGAGCUCUGCUGCUUGCAUGUUCAGCUGGAGGAGGCAGAGGACCAGAAGGAGUCAAAGGGCAGAGUUCAGCUUGCGGUUCCUGGGUCCUUUGAGGGUCCACAGGAGGCUUCAGUGGGUGCUGGCUCUUUCUGCUUCCACUGCCCGGCCUGCUGGGAGCAAGAGCUGAAUGUUCACGUGCAGGAUGCCCCCCAAGAGCAACUGAAGGUGCCCCUGAGGGCCCUGCCCUUUGGCCAAGUGGUGAGGCUCGUCUUCCCCAUGUCCCAGGCUGCACCCUGGACAAGUGCUGGGCCAGGCUGUGGGGAGAGGGGCCCCCUGACCAUUCCUGCCUUCCAGCCUCAGGCCUGGCUCUGUGGAGCCCCUGAUGAGGGUGAAGCUGAAUAAAGAACAAGGGUGAGAGCUGCUGGGCCCUGGAAAAGGGCAUGAGGGGAGCAGCGCGGUGGGUGGCCACUGGCCAGCACUCAGCCUGGAGCAGCAAGCGGGAGAGACCGGGUGGCUCCCAGCAUAGCUGCUGCCAGUCCUUGCGAGACACUCAGUGAUUUUCUCCCAGGGGGGAGCACCAAGUGUGGGUAGCCUUAGCAGAUAAAGGUUCUUCUUGUUA